AGAUAUCUUUUAAAUUCACAAGCGUGUGUGUCAAUAUCACUUACGUUUGGAAUAUUUUCUCUGCCUAUCUUUAGCGCCAACUGCAGCAAAUGUAUCUCCAAAACAAAAGACCUAAACAGCAAUAUCAUGACGAAAGAGAACCCUAUUCAAUGAUCAAGUGGGAUCCUGCCUAUGAAGAGCCACCUAACUCCGGCUCGCUUGGAGCAGACAUUCCCGAUUUAUCCAGCUAUCGAAAUGUGUGGGACCAACCUCUUGAGAAUCAACAACAUGUUUGGGUUGCACCUGUGUUUCAGCCUGAGCCUGAAAUACUAAAGAAGCCAGAGUAUGCUCAAUUCGUAGAGGCGCAGCAAACAUUCCAAGAACAAGAACAGGACGACGAGCACGAUGAUGGAAAAAAGCUGGAUCGACCACAGGAAGAAGAGCAUGGAUAUCAUCAGGAAACUCAUGAUAACAAUAACAAUUCGGAACAACAGAAUCAAAACAAAUCCGAGGUGAGUCAUCCGAUCGCGUUUCCUUGGGAGGCAAACCCACACCAUUUUCCUGCUCCUACUCGUGUAUGGCAAGAUGAGAUGGUGAAGCAAGAUAAUUCAGCUGAUAGAAAGAAUGAAAGUAAACAUGAACAACAGGAGGAGCACCACAAUCGUCAUUUGGAACAUAAACAACAUGAGCAACACGAACAAGAACGUUACUAUCAUUACGAAGAACAUCAACCACAGACAUACCACCAUGUAUCUUCAGAAACAGUUCACAAUCAAGACACGUUUGAACAAGCCCAUGAUCAGCUUGACGCGUACCAAGACACUACACCAAGUUAUACACUGACUGAAUGUGAACCUGAGGAAAAACAAAAUCAACAUGAACAGUUGAAUGUAGAGCAUGCGUCGGAAAAGGAACGAGAAGAGACUAAAGUUUCAGCACAUGAUCAGCAAGACGAGGCAAAUCGACAGAUAGAAAUCGAUCGAGAAGAAGAAGCAACGGAGGAGGAGCAUAAACAGGCUCCUUUAUUUGCUAUUGAUGAGAUCCUCAGUCCUUCGGUCAAGAACAAGAUUGAUGAGUUUAUUGCCGACCUACAUAAAGACGAAGAGGACGAUAUUAGUGAUAGAGAUCUCAUUCCCAUCAAUUUCAAAGCGUCCAGUAGACUGCAUUCUGGCAUGUACACACCUUCACCCUUGGGUAGUCGAAACGGCAGUAGAGUAGGCAGUCGCACAGUGAGCCGUUCGGGAAGUCGCAGGGCAAGUAUAGUAUCUAGUAGACGUAACUCUGUGCCUGGUACGCCAAAGAGAUCGCCUGUUGCUUUAGAUAUCUCUGUGCCCACUUUGGUGGAUGAUAGUAUACCAAACAUCGAUCAGCCGUCCAAUCUUUUUGCUGAUUUUUCAAGUUCCAUAUUUAACCGUAAAACUCCGUACACCUCUGCUGCCGCUACACCUGCUGUAGCUCUUACGCCUGAUGUCGAACAGAGUGAAUAUUUUGGCCAUAUGAGUGAGACUCUUUCGGACAACGAGGAUGAGGGGUUCGACAACGACUCUUUCGAAAUGACAAACUAUGACCUGAGCGAAUCUUUAGACGUAGCGUGUCAUAACAAGGACAUAGUAACCAAGUGGAAUCCUUUGGAGGCAUUAGAGAAUCUCAAGUCUCAAAGUGAAAGCAUGAUCCUUCGAAAAACAUUAACAGAAGCAUUGACCAAAGCAGCCAAGGAGCAAGAGGAGCUCGAAAGGCUUGAACAACUGGAACCAGCAGAAGAAAAGCCAAAGAGAGCGCAAAGAUUCAGAUCUGCUUGGGAUAUUGAUGACGAUACUGAACUCGGUCUACCAAGUGCCCUUGCUUCAGGACAAUCGUCUCCUCGUACUCCGAUUAUGCGUGGCCUAUCGAGCAAUUUGUCAAGAGAAAUUGAACAAGAAAAGGAGAGAUAUCGUCAGCAGCGUGAGUCUUUGUCGAUGACUCAACCACAAACCGCAAUCGCUUCCCUUCUUGAGGCUGAAUUGGACUUGUCUAGAGGAACCUUAUUUAAAAAGAAACACGAGUUCCAGCAUGUUCAACAGAUGCCAUCAGAGGCUCAAAGCACGCCUUUCCCAGCGCCCCAUUUGGGUCAGGAUGAGGAAGAAAAGGCGUUUACUGCAUAUUUUAGUGAAGAUGUUAUUAAAGAGGCAAAGCAAAGACUUGAUAUUCUCAAGAACGAUAGAGAAGAACAAGCGAACAUGGACGGCACUUUACCACUCCCAGUGUCAACAGGGUUCCUUGUAGACGAUAGAAAACUCUCGACACAAUCCUCACACAUGUAUCAGCACAGUAAGUACCAAUUCGGUGAUGACUUUGACAGCAAGAAUUAUACUUCCAAUUUUGGCUUUGAUGAGCACCAUAAGCUCAAGAUAUACCAGUCUGAUUUGAUCCAACCUGACAUUCUUGCAACCGUAAAGCCAACAAACACUGUUGAGGUCAAAGAAAAUCCUCUAAGAAAGACAGAAAAGAGUGAUAGUACUCAGACGAGUCGAAAUGAGCGGCUGGAAAAGAGGAUACAUAGUGAUCAUACCAGACAAUCUCGGCAAGAAGACCUUCCUAAAGAAUAUGAGCAAACCAAGUUGAAUGUCAAGGAAACAAUUGCUAUUGAAGAAAUGGUUACUAUAGUUCAAACCGAAAUAAGAAAAGAGAAAACGACGACCGCAACCGAAGAAGAAAGAGCAAUCAUCACAAAAGAUGAGACGGGUUCUACAAGAUCAAUAGCAACCACAGGACAGAAUGCUAAGAGCUCACAAAAGGAAGUCGUGAGCUCCGAAGAGGAAUAUGUCAUUGUGGAAACUGAUGAAAAAUGUCAACAGUCCGAACAAACAGCUUCUGAAGAAGAACAUACAGAAACCGAGAAAUUAAAGCAUGCUUACAUUAAAGAUCUAUGUGUAAAGAGGGUAGAUGAAUUUGAAAAAGAAAAGCAACCAGGUGAACAAAAGGUAGUCGAAAAUAGCGAAAGGGUACGGGAGAUUCUUGUUGAAGCAACAAAAGAAGACGAUCAAAAGAAGUCUGAGCGAUUGGAACGUGAAGUAUCAAUAGUUAACAACGAACAUACCCAUAUUCAUGAACUUAUCGACGUCGAGACCCAUGGUCAGACUGAAAAAGGAAGUAUAGAACAGCAAGAGAGUGCUGAUGGUGGAAGCGAUGUUCAACAAGAGACAUUUGAAGAGCAUCUUCACGAACAGUACACAAUGAUUGAUUCGAAUGUUGUUGAAGCAGGAAAUUACACGAUUGAUACGAUAGAAGUUGAAGAUGACGAUAUGGAAGAAGAUGAUGUUGAAGAGCAAGUGGAUGAUGAAGCACUCAAGACAAAUGUUGGAUUUAUUGAAGUGCAAGAAGAUACUGAAGAAACCAUGGAAACGAUUGAAAUUGAGGAAGGCGAUGAAGAACAGAUACUGGAAGUAGAUGUUGAUCCUUUGGAAGAACAACGAACUGCUGUUAAAAGAGAGAAAGAAUUUAUCGAACUUGAAGAUAAUUUUGAUAAAGGAAUCACUGAAGAAUGCGUACACGUUGAUACGGUCGAAGAACAAGAUGAAAAAGCGACAGAAAUCAUCGAGAUUGAGGAAGAGUCAAUAGAAGUUGAAACAAUAAGGCAAGAAGCAAAUGUGGAAACAAUAGAGAUUGACGAAUCUUCUAGAGAUGUACAAGUGUUUACGAAAGUUGAUGCAUCCAGUAGCUCUAAUGCCUUUAGUCCGGCCAGGACUAUGAUCGCUCCAGAGAAAUCAACGGUACAUCACUCAUUAGCAACUUCGAGCGGAUCUAUACAUACUGAGAGCCAUGGAACAAGUAUACAAGUAAAGGAUGUGGAAGAAUCGUUGACAACUCAAGUGACCUCCCAAAUAACAGAUUUGCCUAGUAGUAAGUUUAGUGCAGCAAGGACUAUUAUUACUACUACAACAACCGAACGUUCAUCGAAACCCACCAGAAAACUUUCGAUCGCCGAGACCCUCCUUUCUUCUCCAAGACCGAGUGUAGCUCCCAUUGUGACCACACCGGUAAUUAUCCAAACAUUUGAAGGAAAAGGCGAUACACCGGUGAUAGAUCAUGAAGUUGUUAAUCGCGUAAGAACAUUCGCAAGAUCAAGGACUGUUUCCGCGUCAUCUUUAGACAUACGCUCUUUGUCAUCUCAAGCGUCCUCUUUACCCCGCCGCUCUUAUACCUUUGGACCUAAAGAAUCAUCAUCAUCCCCUUAGCGCCAUUCUUUUUUGAAUAAACUGUAAUACAUCAUGUG